CCAAAACAUAAGGCACAAGAAUCAUCAUCAUCCAUUCAUCUUCUUGUUUUUCCGCUUCCCCUACAAUGGAAGAAGACAAGGAAACCCAUGAGAAAAACGAGUGUGGAAAGAAAAUCAAGCAACAAAUAACAAUACCCUUUCUAUGGGAAGAAAAACCAGGUGCACCCAAAAAGGAUUGGAGGCCAAAGCGCGAGCCCUUUACCCCUUUACCCCUCCCGGAGAAGUAUAUUGCUUCCAUACCCUUCAAAUGGGAGGAGAAACCCGGGACUCCACUCCCGAGUUUUGCUCAGAAACUGACUCAAGAAACGGUGCUGGAAAAUAGGAGCUUACCUUUACCUCCUGCAUACUUUACAAAGUAUGAUGAUGAAUGUGAGAUUGAUGAAGGAGAUAGCUUGUAUGGUGAUGAUUAUGAUGAUGAUGAACAAGAUUGGAUGACUGAGUUGGAUUUUGAGGCAAUGAGUGUCCAUUCAGAAGAUUCCUUUUGCUCUGCUCCUUCUCUUCUAGCAAAUCGCCUCACACCUCUGCGAAAUCCGUAUAUAGAACAUCAGAGUAACGGGUGUAUGGAGACGGCUCCAUUUUCACCAGAAAGUAACACCGGUACAAAUAGUUAUGUAACUAGUAAUACAAGCUUGAGGGGUUCGGCUUUCUUGGCACACAUGUUUCCGUUGUAUCCACCCAAGUCACGGUUUCUUGAAAUAGGAAAGAAUCCCGAGGAAACAAGGCUUCCUGAAAAGAAACCUUCUAUUUUGGAAGAGCAUAAGAAACUCGUGGGUGAUGGCAGACGGAGUGGCGUGAUCAGAAGGCCAUGUACCCUGGGAGAGCUGAUAAUGCAGAGUCGCAGAAGAAGUUACCGCCGAAAGGCAGUUAAUAUGAAGAAACAAUAUCAGCAAAAGGAAUUCGCAAAGAACAAACCUCAAGGAUGCUUCAACAUUGUAGCCAGUGGCGGAGGACUAGUGAAAAUGCUGAGGGAGGACUUUUUGACAUUAAAAAUCUCUUAGAAAGAGCACUUCAUGGGUAUCAAUUUGUGUAGAAUACCGUUUUCUCAUCAUUUGUAGGAGUGAAUUAUUCAAUGUCUUGAUAUGUGAAUUAUUCAAUGUCUCGAUAUCUUCACCAAUAAAAUAUCAGAGAUCUUUCUGAGUGUAUGUAUGUUUGGCAAAAGAAUAUAAAUCUGUACAUUUUCUCCA